GAGAGAGAGAGAGAGAGAGAGAGAGAGAGGAUGGCUGGUAGGAUUUAGCCCCGGCAGCGUCUUUUCCCGUCCAACACAACAAGCUUAUUACCUUUCUCUCCACGCGCUUGGAAACGGAUUUACGCACACGAAAGGAGGAGUUUGGAGGACUAGUAGGAUGCUGAGUAUCUUUCCUCCUCUCCACUGUUCUCCACUUUGCUCUCCAUGACCUGAGAGCGCCACCACAGCGGGAGGAACGAAACACCAGAAAGAGAGAGGAAGAGGAGGGCAGAAGGCCAGGGAAGGCAGGAAGGAAGGAACACACUUUUUUGUUGUUGUUGUUUGUUUUCCCUUUCCGAAAUGGCGGCGACAGAGGCCAGCGCGGCGCCGGUGGUCCAAGAAGACGGGAAAACCCCCGAGAGCAAGCCGACGGAGGCCGAGCAACCGGCGAAAAACUCCAACGCAAACUCAGAGACUGUCAACAGCGAGGUUGUCGAUAAAGAUGGCACCGCUGUCAACAAUGAAGUUGUCGACAACAAAGAGACUGUGAACAACGACACAGCGGCGGCAGCAGGAGCCGAGGAGGGAGAGGCAGCAGCAGGCGAGGAGGCAGCACCUCCUCAGAGCUCGGAAAACGCCUCCUCCGCUGAGCCCAAGACCUCCUUCCUGGACUCCUUCCUCAACAAGAGCGGCCUGGGGAAGGUGAUGGGAGGAAGGAAGAAGAAGGAGCAUGCCACAGCUGCCGGAGGAGGAGAGGAGAACGCAGCUGAAGGAGCGGAGAAAGAGGGAGAGAAAGGAGGUGAAGAGGCUGCAGCGGCUGAGGGAGGAGCAGAGGGAGGUGCAGAAGGAGAUGCAGCAAUAGAAAAAGCUCCAGAAAAUGGAGAGAAGGAGGAGGACAAGAAAGCGGACAAGGGCAAACCGGCGGAGACUAAAUCUACAGUCCGAGACCUGAUCAGGAAGCCAGUGGCGAGGAUCUUCUCCCACCGCAGCACCGAGAAGAAGGACGGUACUGCAGAACCCCAGAAACAAGUCAAGGUCCGCUCCAAGUCCCUGGACCGGCUGGAAGAUGCCGAAGCACUUAACACUACUGCAGACUCCACCGUAGAGGAGGGUGGAGCAGCGGGAGGAGCAGAGGGAGGUGCAGAGGCCGGUGCAGAAGGAGGCGCAGAGGGAGAACAGAAAGCCUCCUCUUCCUCAGCAGCCACCAAGCACAUGAAGCGCUGGCACUCCUUCAAGAAGCUCAUGGCUCAGAAGGCGCACAAGAAGAGCGGAGGAGGUGAGGACGUGAAGGAGGACGGAGCGGAAGAAGGAGGUGGAGACUCCUCUACGCUCGACUCCAAAGAGUCGGGGCAGAAGAGGUGGAAGCUGAAACGCUCCUGGACCUUCCAGGGCCUGAAGAGGGACACGUCCAUCGUCGGCAUCAGCGGCAAGGCCAAGGGCUCCGACAGAGACUCUGCCGACAACGCCAAGCCAGAGGACGCGGCCGAGGGAGGAGAGGAGGCCAAGGCGGAGGGAGGAGCAGAAGAGGCCAAGGCAGAGGAAGGGGAGGAGAAGGAGAAAGCUGAGGGAGGCGAGGAGGAGAAGGCGGCAGCAGCAGCGGGAGGCGGGACGGUGACGCAACACGCCAACGAGAUCUGGACCUCCUUCAAGAAGCGCGUCAUCCCCAAGUCCAAACGUGCCAACACAGAGUGCGCCCCCAGCGGGGAGGAGGACGCAACUGCAGCCGCAGGUGAGGACGGAGCAGCAGAGGACGGUAAAGACGGCAAGUCAGCCAAGGCCAAGCGCUCACACUUCGGCCGUGCAGUUUCCCUGAAGAACUUCAUCCUGCGAAAGGGCAAGUCCACCAGCGUGGACAUGGGCGAGGGCGCCAAGGAGGAGGAGGAGGAGGCAGCGGAGGGAGAAGAAGCGGUGGAGGAAGGAGCUGCUGACGGGGAAGUUGCCACGGCGGCCGAGGAGACCAAUGACAAAGAUGCAGCAGAGGCCGAGAAGACGGCGGCGGCGCCUGAAGCAGAGGCGGCAAAGGAGGAGGAGAAGGAGAAGGAGAAGGAGAAGACGCCGGCCGAAGCUCCGGUGACCAACGGGGAGAACGGCUGCACCAACGGCACGGGGGAGGAGAACGCCACACACAAUCACCAGGAGGAGGAGAAGACGACAGGGGGCAGCCCUGUGAAGAAGGGCAAGGAGACGGCAGGGGCGAAAGAGGAGGCGAACGCCAAGAUCAUCAACACCACGGCGGCUGUGAACAGCGACAAAAAGGCGGGAAACGUGUGAGGCCACACAAAGAGGAUUAGAACUGCCCGGGAUUCGCUGAGCAAGGAGCUCUGAGCCCCGCCCCCCUUAACUCCUCCUCCUCCUCCUCCUCCUCCUCCUCCUCCUCCUCCUCCUCCUCCUCCUCCUCCUCUCUCCCUUCAUCCCUCCUCCUCCUGCCUCCCGAAUAAACGGAGUAAUCACGUGUUAACAGAACACCAUGGUGAGAAAGAGAGAGAGAAAGAGAUUGAGAGAAUGAGAAAGAUGCAAUUCAUGUAGAUGAGAAGUGAAAAAUAAUAAUUACUCAGAAAGCAAUAAUUCAAGCCCUUCUUUUCAUCCCCAUCCAUCCAUUCAUCCCUUCAUCCAUCCCUCCAUCCAUCCAUCCCUCCCUCCGUCCGAUACAUGCAUACAGACAUACAAACAUGUACAUCCAGUGUUUUUAUUUUUUCUUUGCUUGUCUGUGAGAUUUUAUAUUGUCUACGAGAGAAAAGAAAAAUGCAGAAAUGUAAAAAAUGAAAAUCGAGACAUUCCACCCCCCCCGUUCCCCCGGCGCCCUAUUUUCCUCCUCGUCAAGCUACUUAACUGCUCUCUGUCUCUGCCGACUCCUGAUUGGUGGAUUAAAAGAACAAAAAAGGAAAAAAAAAGACUGUUAGUUUUAUAUUGACGGCCAUUCUGGUUUGUAGUCCCCCGCCCUGCCCCUCCCCCUCCCGUAGAUCUGACAGUAAGCAGGACCAUGUUGCUACAGUAUAUAAACUGCCCUGAGGACUGCCACCCCAACCAACACUGCAAUGUCUUCAGCUCUGUGUGUUUAAUGUUUUUAGACUGUUAUAUUGUGUACAUGCAUUAAAAAAAAGAAGAAAAAAACACCAUCAAAUAUUAAAGGUCAAAAUGUUUUUCUUUUUCUUCUUCCUGUUCGGUUUGGAUUCUCUUUUUUCUUUCUUGUUUUAUUUUUUAAAAACACAUCUUCUCACUGUUACCGCAGUCUGGCGAUAUGCUGUAAUUAAAAAAAAUGAUGAUAAUAAUGAUGAUGUUUUGUUGGUCCAAGUUUUCACAUGUCCGCUAGCAAAUUGUCAAGAAAAAAAUAGUACAAUAAAGACUAAAAUCUAACAACUAAA